AUGCUGCUACCAUCCGCACUCUCGUGCGACUCGUCGCAACUGCCGCCUUUGACGCGCCUCCAGACGACCCUCUUCGCAUCCCCGCCCGCGAGCCCCCCGCCGCAGUCGCCGCAGACAGCCUUUGGCAACAUCUUUUCGACAUGUCGCUCGCUACAGUCGCUCCUCGCGGCGACCAGCCCUGCCUCCUUCGAGACCAUCGCAGCAGCAGCAGCCACUGAGCCCAUCACCCCUCCGACCUCGUCGCACGCGCAACUACCCACCCCGCCGCUGGCGCAUGCGCCGCUGCCGCCCCUCAAACUGCGCCUGCGCUCGCGCAAGACAGACACCGGCCCAAGCGCAAGCGGACACGACCACAGCGGACCGCCGCGCAAGCGCAUCGUGAAGCGCUCCUCGGUGGCGCUUGCGCCGCCCGCGCGAGGACCCAACAAGCGGCGCCGCGCCGUCGACGACGACAUGGGUCGCGAUGACAACGGCGAUAGCAUCAGCAGCGACAAUGAGCGCGACAGGUCGGCCGAAGAAGAAAAACAGCAGCAGCAACAACAGCAAUCACAUCCAGAGGAGCAAAUGACGGAGGAGCCAUCCCAAUCCCAACCCUCCGCGCCACACACGCCCAAGCGCUCGCGCAUCGCGCCCGAGGUGCUUCCCCUCGGUUUAGAGCGCUCUGACUACCACGAGCUGCACGCCUCCGACAUGAACCACAACAAGAAUAUUGAAAAGGACGGCACCGAUGUGGUAGUAGAAACAGACGGCGAGACGUGGAGCACAGAGGAGGACCGCAUGCUGGUGGAGCUGGUGCUGGAAAAGCUCCGGCUGAGCAAAUCCGACUGGCAGGACUGUGCGCGCACCCUUGGGAAAAAAGACCGCGGGAGUGUUGGGCGCAGGUGGAAGUCGCUUAUGGCCAACGGGGAUGUGGGGCUUAAGAGGGGGAGUAGUCGUCGGCCGAGGAUUCAUGGGACUUGGAGGUGA